AGGGGUCCCUGAGCGCGGCCCCUCCCCCCCUGUGCCCCUUCCUGCGCUGCAGUGCCCCCACCCCUCGUGUCCCGGUCCGUCGGUCCGCGCUCAGGCCUCGCCCCACCCCAGCCCCUAGGGCUGCCUGGCGGUCCCCCCACCCAUCGCGGCCGCCCCCUCCCUCUGGGCCGGUCCCCGCAGCAGCCCGGGAAGCAAGCAGGGACGUCGCCGCCCCAGACCCAGACCCCGACAUCGGGGGCCUGCACCCCAAGAUUGGAUCCAGAGAUCUGGAAUCCCGAGCCUGGGACCCUGAUCUGGAGCUGGGACCCCAAGACGUGGAGCUUAAAACACCAAUAUCGGUGGCUGGGAUCUCAUCACCAGUCUCUGGGACCCCAAGAUUUGGAGCCUGAACCCCAAAACCUGGAUAUGAACCCAAGGUUUGGAGCCUGCACCUCAAGAUUUAGCAUCUAAACACCCAAAUCUGGAGCUGAAUUCUGAAUUCUGUGCCUGGGACCUUGAAAUCAGGACUGGAUUCCUAUAUAUAUACCUGGAACCCACUAUUUGGGACCUGAACCCUGAGAAUUAGGCCUUAAAUUACAAGACCUGAAGCCUGGUAUUCCAAGGGGCCUAAACCUGAGUUUUGGCCUGAAGUCCUUGCUGCAAUUCUGAAUGCUGAGAUUUGGGGCUAGAGACCUCCAAAUCUUGGCUCAGCACCCACUCUCUGAACCAAGCAUCCCCCGUAUCCGAUCCCAGGACUGGGCCUGGGACCCAGACCCUAAACUCUCCAUUGGCUCUUUAGCAUCCCAGAACUGGAGGUGGGUGACCCUUAUUCUGGGCAACCCAAACUUGGGCCUGGACUCAAAAAUUGGACCCUAGAGGCCCAAUAUUUGGAGAUCUAGGACACCAAGUAUCAAGGUCUAAAGACUCUGUGGCCACAGAUCUGAGCUGAGACACAGCAGACGGUCCCUCUACAGCGGACUUGGGGACAGGGAAGGCAAGACCAGGUGCCCCUUCCAGAGCUCUGACCCCUGAGUCCCUUGGAGCCUAAGGACUCACUCCCUGGGGCAGCCUCCAGCUCAGGCCACCCCUGCCCGCGAUGGCCGUCUUCCCACUACUACUCUGCCUGCUGCCACUGGCCCCUGCCUCAUCUCCACCCCAGCCAGCCACACCCAGCCUGUGUCCCCGCCGCUGCCGCUGCCAGACACAGUCUCUGCCCCUAAGCGUGCUGUGCCCAGGGGCAGGCCUUCUGUUUGUGCCACCAUCACUGGACCGCCGAGCAGCUGAACUGCGCCUGGCGGACAAUUUCAUUGCGGCUGUGCGACGCCGUGACCUGGCUAACAUGACGGGCCUGCUGCAUCUGAGCUUGUCACGUAACACCAUCCGCCAUGUGGCGGCUGGUGCCUUUGCUGACUUACGUGCCCUUCGUGCCCUCCACCUAGAUGGCAACCGGCUGACCUCGCUGGGCGAAGGUCAGCUGCGUGGCCUGGUCAACUUGCGCCACCUCAUCCUGAGCAACAACCAGCUGGCAGCCCUGGCAGCUGGUGCCCUGGACGACUGCACCGAGACACUCGAGGACCUUGACCUCUCUUACAACAACCUGGAACAGCUGCCCUGGGAGGCUUUGGGCCGCCUGGGCAAUGUCAAUACAUUGGGCCUUGACCACAACCUGCUGGCUUCUGUGCCUGCCGGCGCCUUUUCCCGCCUGCACAAGUUGGCACGGCUGGACAUGACUUCUAACCGCUUGACCACCAUCCCACCCGACCCACUCUUCUCCCGCCUACCACUGCUAGCCAGGCCCCGUGGCUCCCCGGCCUCCGCCCUGGUGCUGGCCUUCGGUGGGAACCCCCUGCACUGCAACUGCGAGCUGGUGUGGCUGCGGCGCCUGGCGCGGGAAGAUGACCUCGAGGCCUGCGCCUCCCCACCAGCUCUGGGUGGCCGCUAUUUCUGGGCUGUGGGUGAGGAAGAGUUUGUGUGCGAGCCCCCUGUGGUGACUCACCGAUCACCACCUCUGGCAGUGCCUGCAGGUCGGCCAGCUGCCCUGCGCUGCCGAGCAGUGGGGGACCCUGAGCCCCAUGUGCGUUGGGUGUCACCCCAGGGCCGCCUGGUGGGCAACUCGAGCCGUGCUCGCGCCUUCCCUAACGGGACGCUGGAGCUGCUGGUCACUGAGCCAGGGGAUGGUGGCAUCUUUACCUGCAUUGCGGCCAAUGCAGCUGGCGAGGCCACGGCUGCUGUUGAGUUGACUGUGGGUCCCCCACCGCCCCCUCAGCUGGCCAACAGCACCAGCUGUGACCCCCCGCGGGACGGGGAUCCUGAUGCCCUCACCCCGCCCUCUGCCGCCUCUGCCUCCGCCUCCGCCAAGGCAGCUGAUGCUGGACCCCCUGCCGACCGUGGGGUCCAGGUGACAGAGCAUGGGGCCACAGCUGCUCUUGUCCAGUGGCCAGAUCAGCGGCCUAUCCCAGGCAUCCGCAUGUACCAGAUCCAGUACAACAGCUCAGCCGAUGAUAUCCUCGUCUACAGGAUGAUCCAGGCCGACAGCCACUCCUUCCUGUUGACAGACCUGGCAUCAGGCCGCACCUACGAUCUGUGCGUGUUAGCGGUGUAUGAGGACAGCGCCACGAGGCUAACAGCCACCCAGCCGGUGGGCUGCGCCCGCUUCUCCACCGAACCAGCACUGAGGCCAUGCGGGGCCCCACAUGCCCCCUUCUUGGGUGGCACCAUGAUCAUCGCACUGGGUGGUGUCAUCGUGGCCUCGGUACUGGUCUUCAUCUUCGUGCUGCUUAUGCGCUACAAGGUGCACGGCGGCCAGCCCCCCGGCAAGGCCAAGGGAUCCGCACCCGUCAGCAGCGUUUGCUCCCAGACCAACGGCGCCCCGGGCCCCACGCUGGCCCCAACUGCCCCUGAGCCUGCUGCGCCCAGGGCCCACACCGUAGUCCAGCUGGACUGUGAGCCCUGGAGGCCCAGCCAUGAACCCACGGGACCCUAGCUUCAUGCUCACCCCGAUGGCCCUUCUGGCCCCAGGGGUGGCGGAACACAGGCACCCCAUGGGUCCUGGCCUCAGACUCACCAAAUUGCUCACGGUUUUUAAAACUCUGAUGGGGAGGGUGUUGGGGGCACCAGGGCAUAACAAGAAAGUCCUAUUUUUCUAA